AUGGAGAUGGCAACCUGCAGCUUCCACAGCUCCUCCUUCACCCUCCCUAACUCUAACUCUAACCCUCGAACCAACCUUUCCUCUCCUCUUCCACUCUCCAAGCAACUCUUCGGUUUCAGCUUACCUUCUUCUUCAACCGCCAAAACCACCACACUCAAACUCCGUACCCGAAACCCAAAACCCUUCUCCACUCACCCACCAAUCAAAUGCUCCGUUUCUGAAGCCACCGAAGCCGCCACCGCAGAAAGGAGGAGAAAGUUGAUGAGGAGAAGUGACAUAAGGAAUAUAGCAAUUGUGGCGCAUGUUGAUCAUGGAAAGACAACUUUGGUUGAUGCAAUGUUGAGGCAAUCAAAGGUGUUUCGCGAUAACCAAUUUGUUCAGGAAAGGAUAAUGGACUCAAAUGAUAUAGAGCGUGAAAGGGGAAUUACUAUACUAAGCAAAAAUACAUCUAUUACGUAUAAAGAUUCAAAGAUUAAUAUAAUUGAUACCCCUGGCCAUUCUGACUUUGGAGGCGAAGUCGAACGGAUCCUCAAUAUGGUGGAAGGGAUUCUUCUAGUGGUAGAUUCUGUUGAAGGCCCAAUGCCGCAGACAAGAUUUGUUUUGAAGAAGGCUCUAGAAUUUGGCCAUGCUGUUGUUGUUGUUGUCAAUAAGAUUGAUAGGCCUUCAGCUCGUCCAGAUUUUGUCAUCAAUUCCACUUUUGAACUCUUUAUUGAAUUAAAUGCGACUGAUGAACAGUGUGAUUUCCAAGCAAUAUAUGCUAGUGGGAUUAAAGGAAAGGCAGGGUUGUCAGCAGAUAAUUUGGCAGAUGAUCUUGGGCCCCUUUUUGAGAGCAUAAUGAGAUGCAUACCUGGACCUGCUAUCGACAAAGAUGGUUCACUGCAAAUGCUUGCUACAAAUAUCGAGUAUGAUGAACACAAAGGGCGAAUAGCUAUUGGACGCUUGCAUGCUGGGAUUCUGAAGAAGGGGAUGGAUGUGAAGGUAUGCACCUCAGAAGAUUCAUGUCGAUUUGCAAGAGUUAGCGAGCUCUUUGUGUAUGAGAAGUUCAGUAGGGUUCCUGCAGAAAGUGUGGAGGCUGGUGAUAUAUGUGCUGUUUGUGGAAUUAAUGAUAUUCAGAUUGGCGAGACAAUUGCUGAUAAAACCAAUGGGACACCAUUACCUGCAAUUAAGGUGGAGGAACCAACUGUGAAAAUGGCUUUCUCUAUAAACACUUCACCAUUUGUUGGACGCGAGGGAAAGUAUGUUACAAGUAGGAACUUACGAGAUCGUCUUUCUCGUGAGCUUGAGCGUAACUUGGCUAUGAAGGUUGAAGAUGGUGAAACAGCAGAUACCUUCAUUGUUAGUGGACGGGGUACUUUACAUAUUACCAUAUUGAUAGAGAACAUGCGAAGAGAAGGGUAUGAAUUCAUGGUGGGACCUCCCAAAGUUAUUAACAAAAGGGUGAAUGACAAGUUGUUGGAACCAUAUGAGAUUGCCACUGUGGAGGUUCCAGAAGAACACAUGGGCGCUGUCGUUGAGCUUCUUGGCAAAAGACGGGGGCAGAUGUUUGAUAUGCAAGGGGUUGGGUCGGAAGGCACAACCUUCCUCAAAUAUAAAAUUCCAACUCGUGGCCUUCUUGGUCUGCGAAAUGCAAUUUUAACAGCUUCUCGUGGCACUGCAAUUCUCAACACAAUAUUUGACAGCUAUGGACCUUGGGCUGGUGAUAUGAGUACCCGGGAUCUGGGCUCACUGGUUGCCUUUGAGGGUGGAACGAGUACUUCUUAUGCCAUUUCUAGUUCACAGGAGAGGGGGCAGUUGUUUAUUGGUCCUGGGGUGGAAGUUUAUAAAGGUCAGAUAGUUGGCAUCCAUCAGCGGCCUGGGGACUUAUCCCUUAAUGUGUGUAAGAAGAAGGCUGCAACAAACAUCCGUUCCAACAAAGAUGUAACAGUGAUUCUUGAUACCCCAUUGGACUACAGUCUGGAUGACUGCAUUGAGUAUAUUCAAGAGGAUGAACUGGUGGAGGUUACUCCUUCGAGUAUCCGAAUGUGCAAAAACCCAAAGUUCUCAAAGAAAUCAAACAGGUAG